AUGGCUAAUAGUAGGGUUCUUUUCUCUGACGUGAAGUCCGCCAGGUGUUAUUCCAACGUUGAGGCUAGACUCCUCCGUAUGUGGGAGGCGAGAAGUGGUCGGCGUGGUGGUCAACUGACGUGCCUCAACAUGCUAAUGAUCGAUGUGAAUAGAUUAGGAAACACUACUGGGAAAGCUCCAAAAGAUAAGCUGGGAAACAUAGAUAGAUGUAAAAAUCUUUAUGAGCAUUAUCCCAGCACUGAGCUAGAGAGUUCUCUUGCGGAGAUUGAACGAGCUAGAGCUGAGCUUGCAAUAUCUCAGCCAGAACUUGACAUGCCCGAACUGCUAUGGAAGGAGUACAUAGAUUUUGAGAUAGCAGAAGAAGAAUUAGAGAGGACACGAGUUUUAUCUGAUCGACUCUUGGACCGCCCAAAGUAUUACACGGUGUGGGUUAGUUUUGGAGAAUUUGUAGCUUUUGCCGUGGAACAAGAAGAAGACGAGGACGAGGAGCACCAAGACGAAAUAGAUGCUAUUGAACUCAAGAAAGAGUGCAUCAGACGUGCCAGAGGUAACUUUGUUAUAUGA